GUAACCACCUCCACAAUGACAGGCCAGGCCGGGAUAUGGCCCUUGGUGGCGGUGCUCCUAUUGAGUUCUCUGUGCUGCGGUUCAGCGCAGCUACUCUUUAAAAAUAUUAAUUCUGUGACAGUCAGCUCUUGUGACAAGGUUGUUGUCAUUCCGUGCUACGUUUCCAAUAUAGAAACAGAAGACAUCAAAGGGUUAAAAUUGAAUUGGAAAUUUGGAAACACGGUCAUUCUCAUCUUUGAAGGAUCUGUAAACAAAUACUCCAAAACUGAUAACUUUCAAAGUGCGUGGAUUUCCCCCUUAGCACUUAUAAAAGGAAACGCUUCUUUGAAGCUGAAUAAGAACGAGGCGAAAGAGGGAAACUAUACAUGUACAGUCAGAGAACCAAGAAGAGAAGGUAAACACACCGUGGAACUAAAAUACCGCCGCGCUUCAUGGUUUCCUUUAAGUGAAAAUAUUCUCAUUAUUAUUUCCCCAUUUCUGACUGUACUUUUCUUCUGGGCACAGUUUAGCAUUUUAAUACGAAAAUAUAAAUCCAACCCUGUGAACAAGAAGAUGAUUCUUUUAUCUACUUCUGGACUACUGCUCACCAUAAUUGUCAUUCUCGGAGCCAUUCUUUUUAUCCCAGGUAAUUAUUCAAAAAAGAAAAGCUAUGGGCUUAUUUUGUUUGUUACUCCUUCAGUGAUACCUAUAGUUCUUCAGUACUAUAAGUUCAAGCCAGCUAUUGGGAGGACCCUUCAUGCUAUGAUCAUAUUUACAAUCCUUCAGGCAUUGGGCUUUGUACUCGCUAUGGCAGGACUAUAUCUUACUGUAAAUGAGUGUGUGCCAAAACAUGGCUCCCUUCUAGUUUCAGGUUUGAUCAUCAUAGCUCUAGUAGAAUUAUUUGGACUAAUUUACAUGAAAUGGCUGGACCCCUGAUAGGAUUUCUAUAGGACAUGAAGGCCCGGGCAGUGUUGUCUUUCUUCCUCAUUUUCACACUUUGUCUCAGUGGCCCUCAAGGAAUCCUAAGUCCAGCAAUUCCAGUCCAGACCAGGAUGUCAGACAUUUGCACUAUUCCAAGUGCCAUUGGGUCACCUGUUGCUUUUCUCAUCAUGGGGAUCAUCUUACUGUUCUCCAAGGACACUCUUUUCUCCAAGCCAGUGUGGACUUUGGCGUUCCUUCAAGUUCCAACUAGAUGCUGGGCCAAGGCUAGUCUGCAGUCUUAAUUAUUACUUUGUAAAAGAUGCUGAUUCCUCCACUGUAACAGAGAACAGCAGAAGCUUCAAAAUCCACAAUAGCCUCAUUGCAUCUGUUUUCCCUCCUGAUCUUCACUGUAACCCAGAAUCUAGUUGGUUAUUUACAGUGUCUGUAGGUUUCCCAUAGCAGUGACACUGAGACAUUUGUGUCCACAACAAAGACUCCUGUCUAGCCUGGACUCUUGGCUUUAUUUUAGAAGGGCCUUUCCGCUAUGGAAAAUGGGUGUUAUGUUUUGUUUUGAUUUACUUUGUUUGGUUGAAUUCUGCUGUCCCUCUGGAAAACAAAAAUAAUUUAAGUUUAAAACGUGAUACCCCAACUCCCAACCCACACCUUCCCUUUCUUAUGUUUUCUUCCAGUUUACAGAUUCUGUUUUUCACAGAACUGAGGCAAUGCACUACUUCCUGCUUUGUGGGGGGAGGGGGGCAGGGUUGUUGCUGCUUGUCCUAGCUUUGGUGGCUUUGUUGAUUUGACCUUUCUAAUUUUAAGGAUAAACUUACCCUUGAAAUUGAGAAGACA